AUGUCAUCGGAGUCGGGCCCCGGAGCACCGCCCCCGGGUGCCGUGGCUCUCAGGAUGGGUCGAAAAGUGACAGUGAGCGGGUGGAAGGAGAAGUCCCCCGCACCCCACUGGUCCCUGCUUCUGGGGGCCCUUCUCUGUGAUGGGGUGGGAGCUGAGUCUUCCAGCCUCGCCUCCUCGGAGACCAUGGACAGGGACAGCGGCCGGAACCUAGUAGACAAGGGGGGUUCUGAGCACCUCUGGAUUCCAGAGAUGCUGAAUGCUUCGCCUGCCCGAACGGCCUCGGCCCGGUCGGCCGCCUCGACCCCGGCCCCGGCCCCAGCCCCAGCACUCCCUGCCCGGACGCCACCCUCCAGGUCAUCAUCCGGCAGGUCAUCGUCCACCCGAUCGACAUCCACAAUAUCCUCUCCGAGCAGAGUAUACCUCGUCAGGGCGACACCAGUGGGAGCUGUGCCUAUACGCACAGCUGCGACCAGGCCGGUGUCAGUCCCCAGGGCUGCCGUGGAGAGCACAAGUGCCCGCUGGCCCAAGUUCAGUUGGGAGGAGGGCCAGAAACGACUGCCACUCAUCGGAUGUGUUCUGCUACUCAUCGCCCUAUUGGUGUCACUCAUCGUCCUUUUUUAUUUCUGGCGGGGCCACACUGGGAUCAAGUACAAGGAGCCAGUGGAGAGCUGUCCCCGGCAUGCUGUGCGCUGUGAUGGGGUGGUGGACUGCAAGCUGAAGACAGACGAGCUGGGCUGUGUGAGGUUUGACUGGGACAGCUCCCUGCUCAGGGUGUACUCUGGCUCCACCCACCAGUGGCUUCCGGUCUGCAGUGACAACUGGAAUAGCUCCUACUCUGACAAGACCUGCCAGCAGCUGGGCUUUGAGAAUGCCCACUGGACUGGCGAGGUGACCCUGAGGGGCAUGGGCAGCAGCUUCACCAUGUCUGAUUUUAAUUCUACCAUCCAGGAGAGCCUGUCCAGGUCUCAAUGCCCUUCCCAGAGAUAUGUUUCUCUACAGUGUUCCCACUGUGGCCUUCGGGCCCUGCAAGGGCGCAUCGUUGGAGGAGCACUGUCCCCCGAGAACAAGUGGCCUUGGCAGGUCAGCCUGCACUAUGGUUCCACCCACAUCUGUGGGGGCACGAUUAUUGACACCCAGUGGGUGCUCACGGCCGCCCACUGCUUCUUCGUGACCAAAGAGAAGAUUCUGGAAGGCUGGAAGGUAUACGCGGGCACCAAUAACCUGCACCAGCUGCCCGAGGCUUCAUCCGUCUCACAAAUCAUCAUCAACAGCAACUACACAGAUGAGCAGGACGACUACGACAUUGCACUCCUGCGACUCUCCAAGCCCCUGGUGUUGUCGGCUCAUACCCAUCCCGCCUGCCUCCCCAUGCACGGCCAGACCUUCAGCAACAACGAAACCUGCUGGAUUACAGGUUUUGGCAAGACCAAGGAGACAGAUGAGAAGACAUCCCCCUUCCUGAGGGAAGUGCAAGUCAACCUCAUAGACUUCCGCAAGUGCAACGACUUCCUGGUGUAUGACAGUUACCUGACGCCCCGGAUGAUGUGUGCGGGGGACCUGCGUGGGGGACGUGACUCCUGCCAGGGGGACAGCGGGGGACCCCUCGUGUGUGAGCAGAAUAACCGCUGGUACCUUGCGGGCGUCACCAGCUGGGGCACUGGCUGUGGACAGAGGAACAAGCCGGGCGUCUACACCAAAGUCAGUGAGGUCCUCCCAUGGAUCUACAGCAAGAUGGAGAGUGAGAUGCGCUUCAAAAAGUCCUAA